AAAAUGCCCGAUUUUUUUUGACGAUUCCAGUGCGUCGAGCGCCUAAUUAACCGUCAAUCGACGCAGAUGGCCGAGGUGAGCGCGAUGCGUCUCACCUACAUCAAACUGAAGCAAAUGGUGCAGGAAAAGUUGGACGGCAUCGCCCUCUUGGACGAGAUCGCGCCCGGUUUCCUAUUGGCCGACUACGAACAACUGAAGUCGCUCAAUCGCGGCUACGCGGACAAAAUCGAGGAGAAAGACGAGGAGCUGACGAAGCAGCGAGCCAAGUGCGCGAGUACCAUACAAAUUUUGGCCCAUUUGAGGGAGAAAUCCAGUGCCCUGGAAACGGACCUGGACGACCUGGAGGAGGAGCUGGAGGUUACGGAGAUGACGUACGCGGACCUGCGCACCAAAUUGAACAACGCGAAACAGAAGAAGGACGCGUACCGGAAUAGGCUGAAUAAGUUGAGGGACGAGUCCGGACUGUUGACUCAGCCCACUCUGUUGAGGGAUAUGGAGAAGGGGUUGUCGGAUUUACAGACACUGACGGCCGACCUGUCGGCGAUAAUGAGAGACUACAAAAGGCGCGGCAAACAAAUAAAAGUGAUCCGUAAAAAGAUCGAGACGACGCAGGAGAGUCGUCGCCUUAUGGGACGGUCGUCGUCUCGCUUUAAGAGAGAGAGCACGCGCGUGUCCUGUAUAAAUGACUCCGACGAUGACGUCACGGUGAAACCGCAAGUGUAUAAGGGACGACCCUCGCUGAUGAUGCCCCUGCUUGAGAGUACCGUCUUUGACAGUUUGAGGAGUGUCAAGCCGAAAGUUACGUACGACAGGAGGCGGUAUCCCGUGGGAAUUAAACAUAAGAGGUCCGAAGGUUGAACAUAUUAGUUUAUAGAUGUAAUCUUUAUCUAUGUUUAAUAUACUAGUUUUUGUUUAAA